GCUUCCUGCCGACUUCCGCGCUUUGAGAGUCACGCAUGCGCCUUGGGCAGCCGCCCUGCCGCUGGGAGGUACGGGUGCUGCCUGGGCGUGACGUUACGGCGUGCCGCAGCCUGCGGCGGGCCGGGGCAGGGAUGGCGGCCGCCGUGGAGCCGGAGGUGGAGGACCCGCUGUGGAGCUUUGUGCGGGUUCUGGAGAAGCGGGAUGGGACAGUGCUUCGGCUGCAGCAGUACGGCUCCGGGGGCGUGGGUUGCGUUGUGUGGGACGCCGCCAUCGUCCUUUCCAAAUACCUGGAGACGCCGGGGUUUUCUGGCGACGGGGCCCACGCGCUGAGUCGGCGCUCGGUGCUGGAGCUGGGCUCCGGCACGGGGGCCGUGGGGCUCAUGGCUGCGACUCUCGGGGCAGAUGUUAUAGUCACUGAUCUUGAAGAGCUGCAGGACUUGCUGAAAAUGAAUAUUGAUAUGAACAAGCAUCUUGUGACUGGUUCUGUUCAAGCCAAGGUACUGAAAUGGGGUGAAGACAUAGAAGACUUGAUGUCGCCAGACUACAUACUGAUGGCAGACUGUAUAUACUAUGAGGAGUCCUUGGAACCACUGCUGAAAACAUUAAAAGAUCUCAGUGGAUCUGAAACUUGUAUUAUAUGUUGUUACGAACAACGCACAAUGGGGAAAAAUCCAGAAAUUGAGAGGAAGUAUUUUGAGCUCCUGCAGCUAGACUUUGACUUUGAAGAAAUCCCUUUGGACAAACAUGAUGAAGAAUACCGAAGUGAAGACAUUCAUAUUGUAUACAUCAGAAAGAAAAAAACAAAACCGCCAUCGUGAAGUGCUUCUCCAUCUUAGCCACGCCCCCCAACAUCCUGGGUAAGGUCAAGAUGUGAACGGAGCAUGUGCACACCGCAUGGAAGACUGCCUCCCAGAUUUCUCCAGCAUGUCCUUAGAGAUCUGGUACAUGGAUGACAACUACCUUGGACUGCCCACAAUGUGAAAUGCCCGCCCGCCCGCCCGCCUGUGGGCUGAAAUCUAACGUAGGUUUACUUAGUUCGGCAUCAAGUUCUGCUUAAAAGAAACGUUGACAAUCGCUCAAAUAAAAAUUAAUUUUGAGAGUACCCUCAAGUCUGAAGCAGCAUGGUUGACUCAGUACAUUUCCAAGAAGCUCAAAAUCAGUUGAUCCAAUUUCUAAUGGCAUCUAUUAUUGUAUAGGAAUGUUCUGAGGACUGGUGUCAUGGUGGUGCACGCCUUUAAUACCAGCAUAGGGGAGACAGAGGCAGGUGGCCCACUUGAGUUCCAGACCAGCCUGCUCUACGGGGCAAGCUGGUUCCAAGCAUAAUAGGACCGUCUCGAAGGAAGGAAGGAGGUAGAAAGGAGCAAAAACCCCAAACCAUAGAGAAGUUGAUGCAAUCCAGCUUCCAGUGCUAGUGUUUCUUAUUAUAUAAUACUGUCUAAGGUGGCGUUCAGAGGCGGUCUCACUUUUACAGAGCUGUGCGGUAGUUUCUCUUUUUCCUUUGUGCUAUGUUUAAUACUUAACACGUUCUUUGAAAAGAAACUGAAAAUACUAUUUUACACCUUUACUGGGCAGAGUUGUAUUUCCCUCCAUCACAGGUAGGUGAGUGAACUCGAGUCCAGGGUUGCUGUAGCUUCAGGUCACUAAGAAGAUAAGUCAGGAGACGGGAACCAAGCGCUGUCUCAGGAGGCGUGAGGAGAGAAAGCCAGUUGCAGGCUUCUGUGCUCACAUGGCUCCGGGAGGUUUGCUUGGGUAUUCGGUUCAGGAAAAUCUGAUUUUAAACUACUCAUACUAAGACAUCCAUCAUGCUUAAAUGAAGUUCUGUGUACAUUUAUCAAAUGGUUUUUACUGUGUCGUGUCCAACUUUUUUUUUUGCUGUUCCAAUAGUCAUCUGCUCACAUAGUCUAACGUGUCAGUGUCUUGAACACCACCACCAGAUCCAAAAAGUGGUAACCAGAUGUAUUCUGGAGUUUACAGUCGGUGCUAGAUGGCACGUUGUAUGUGCUGAAAUAAACAUCGUUUUUGAAACCUUG